CUACUCUGGGCAUGGUCCCGGCAAGUGUGAAGAGGACGGCAGUGGAACUCUUGUCCCAGACAGGUCCGGUCUUUGCCCUCCCUUCCCUUCUCCUGGGGACCCAGGUGCUUCCCUGGUGUAGCUAGCGCCCUAACCAGAGCUCAGGACUGACAGGCGCGGGCGCCAGUGGGAGGAGACAGUACCCUGAGCAGAACAAAACCGAAAGCUGCGGCCUGGAGCCAGCGUGGUCCUGGAAAGCGAGAGAACGGGUUAGUGCCCGGGCGCGCGGGGCACAGGGCGCAGGGCGCAGAGGAGGAGGGAGAGGAUCGGGCAGAAACCUCCUAAGAAGCGGAGGGCGGCGCAGACACUGUCCGGGAAUGCGCCUGGCGCGUGGGGCUGGAGCAGGUCCAGGCCCCCCGCAGCUGCGGCAGCCUAGCCUGGCACUAUGCUUCUCCAGCUGAGCGCCGCUUUUGAUCUUCAGCAGGACGUGGUCCCUUGGCUGGCCGAGCGUUUGUCUGCGGAGGCGGCUGCUCCUGUGGCUGGCCCGAGGGCAGGCUUAGAUCCUGUUGAGAAUAAUUAUGAAACUCUACAGGUAGUCAAUGUAGAAAGAAAUGGAAAAGUUAUUUACAGUUGUAAGGACAGCAAGAGAAAUGUCUUCUUUGGAUUAUAUGAUCUCCAAACCAAAAAAAAUGAGCAUCUGUAUACAUUUGAGAAAGAUUUGCAAGUUGUCAGCUGCUCUGUCAACCGUGAGAAAACAUUACUUGCUGUCAGUUUUAUACAAUCAGCUAAGGAAAGAAGGAAUGAACUUCAACCAGCCUCUAAGUGCUUGACUUUGUUGGUGGAAAUUCAUCCAGUUAACAAUGUGAAGGUUCUGAAAGCUGUAGAUAGUUGCAUCUGGGUACAGUUUCUCUACCCAAUUGAUGAAAGAAAUCCUUUCCCAGACAGCCAUCUGUUACUGAUUUCAGAAGAGAAAUAUGUUGAACAAUUUCAUAUCCAAGUCUUUAGGGAAGAUGAAAAUAGGGUGGUGAUUGGAAAUUCUGGUCACCUUCCAAGAGACAGAGUUGUUGAAGAUUUUGUUUGGGCCCAAUGGGAUAUGUCAGAACAGAGAUUAUACUAUUUCGUCCUGAAGAAAUCAGAAAGUGUCUUAAAGUGUAUCCAGUUUUAUGCUGAUGAAAAUUUUAACUUAAUAUUUGAAGUACCUUUGGACAUUUCGUUUGGUGACACUGGAUUAACGCUUGUGAAUUUUGGGUGUGAAGACUCUCAAAACCGAGAAAUGUUAUCCAAAGAUCUGAAUCUACGUGUUUUUACUAGUCACACAGGAAGUUUGUGUGUAUGUUACAACAAGAAAUCAGAUGCUCAGGAGCAAGUUACAUAUUCAGUGUUUUACCUCCAUAAAGGGUAUAGCAAGACCUUCGCUGCUGAGCUUGGGACACUGGAGCACCAAUCAAUGAAGAAUAUUACUUUUCUUAAUCUAGACUAUUAUGUGGCUGUUUAUCUGCCUGGCCAUUUCUUUCAUCUCCUUAACACUCAGCAUCCUGAUUUGAUGUGCUACAGUCUGUUUCUCACAGGAGAGAAUGAAACGAUGAACUUGAUUCCUGAUGGCCCAUUACAGUCCCUCUCAGGGGCUUUGGCUUGGGACUGGUGCUCUGGAAAGCUCUUUAGAGUGAACUUUAACCAAUCAUCUUUAUUACAUUUCCUACAGAACAGCCCUCUGGACUAUGAGAGGUUGGCUGUGUUGCACUGUGUGCUUGCAUGGGGCAGGAAUCCAAAAGUCCUAGAAGUCCAGAUUAUUCAAUGGAUUUUUGAGAACAUGUGGACCUGUCGUGCAUUUGAUCCUAUUCAGGAAUUUUUAAUCGCCUCCUUAUACUGGAAAUUCUGUCUGGACAUAAGUAACAUGGAUAAACUUCUUCCACAUUCCUCAUUACGUUCCUGGAAUACAGAAAUUCCAGGAGUAACCUCAGUGACAGAAGAGAUAUUGUUACCUCUAAUGAAGGUGCAGAGCUUUAAGGGCUACUGGGAAAAACUGAACUCCAAUUUGGAAUAUGUCAAAUAUGCUAAACCACACUUACAGUAUAACAACAAUGUGGUCAGGAGAGAGUGGAGGAACUUAAUUUCAGAAGAGAAAAAAGGAAAAAGAAGAUCUACUGUGUAUUUCAGAAACAUUCUGGAAAAUGCUGUAAAGGUGAUUUCCAACCUAGAAGCAUGGAUAGUAGAGCCACGAUUAGCUCUCCUCUUCCAGGAGGAAGAUAAUCAGCAGAGACUGCUCAUGGGACUGAUGGUCUCUGAGCUGAAAGAACAUCUCUUACGGAAUCUACCUGUACAAUUCAUAGGAAAGAAGAAAAUUGAACAGUUAGUCCUGGAUUAUGUUUCAAAAAUGCUGGACCUCCUUUGCCAGAUGCUGGAAACUAGCUGGAGGAAACACAAUCUUCAUUCCUGGGUUUUCCACUUCGAUGGGCGUGGCAGUGCAGGUGAAUUUGCAGUCUUUCACACCAUGACCCAGAUUUUGGAUUCUGUGAACAGGAUGUGCUUACCUCUUCCUCCUGGCUUCCACACUCUGCACAUGACCCUAGGAGUCCGAUGUCUCCCCCUGCACAGCUUGCUACGCUACAUUGAUGACAAAGUGCUACUUCUUACAGAAAAAGGGGUUAUGAAACUCUUGAAAGAUCUGGACAACACAGAGAAGAAUGAAAAACUUAAAUUCAGUAUAGUUGCACGUCUUCCUCCGUUUAUUAUGCAGAAGAUAAGUCAAGUAUGGGAUCAUCCUGUCAAUUCUCAUAUUAUUUCAAGGAACUAUGUGAAACGGUUGCUUCAGAAGCAUAAGAGACAGUCUCGAAAUUCUACAAUGGACAAGUCAUCAUUCCUUAUUGAAUUCCUGCCUCUGAAUUAUUUGAUUGAAGUACUGACAGAGCUGGAGACUGCUCGUCAAGCUCUGAAUCCCUUUGAAGGAUGUGACAGUGUGGACACAAAAUUUGUAGAGGAAGCAGCACUGAAACAAACCACAAUCCUCUUGAACUUAUAAAAGAGCUGUGACAACAACUGACCUCCAGGAAUUUGCCAUCACUAUUUCUCAUUUUAUUAAAAAAAAACACCAACAUUUGCAACAGACCUUUGAGCUGUUUUUUAGAAAUAUUUGCAUUAAGGAAAAAUUCCCAGAUGCUCUACUCAUCUAGGUGGUAUAGAGCUCAGGGCCUAUCACUAAAAGUAAAUAAUGACUUCCAUUUGGGGGAAGGAGAGCCCUUUCCAAGAGGCUGAACAUUUCAAGAGGUGCUCAAAAACAUUGGCCUAAAUUGCUUCAGUUCUUCCCCAUCUGAACAGAAGAUGAAAGGCAUACGUAUAGAAAAUCAGGACAAGAUCUAGGGAACAGGUAAAUGACCUUCCGGAUACUGUUCGAAGAAGAGCUUCUCCAGCGCCUGUACUGUCUAUUUUCUGAAGAAAAAAUGGAGGCUUGAGAAUAGUUAUGUGGUGACUGGAUCCAGAAUGGCUGGGGGUUUAAAAAAUUUUAACUUGGAAUAAAAUAUAUUGAAAAUAUGGAGAAUAGGGUAAGAAAAAAACAAAUAAGUGACCUUUUUUGUAGAUAAUAUAUGAUUUUUAAAAAAGGAAAAGUUACACAUUUAAUAUAAAAACUUGGUUUUGAGUUUAGGAAUUUUUUCUUUGAUUGAUUGUAUUUAAUUAAAGCUGCCUUUCUUUCCAAUGUAGAAUAAUCUGUAAUGUUUGUAUAUUGUACACUUGGAGUUUGUAAUUGAAAUGAUUGCAGAGAGCUUUUAUUUAAUUUUAUACUGUUGACUUUUUUGUAGUGUUCAUAAAAUGUCUAUUUAGACAAAUCUUGAUAUUAAAAGUCCACUGAAACAUUUGUCUAGGA